AUGGCCGACACACUCAAUGGCGUGAAGAAUACGUUCAGUUCAUGGGACGCGUGUAUGAGUAAGACAUACUGUAAAUGGCCCGUAAUAGCAGCCAUAAUCUUCGGCUCCUUGAUCGCCCUUUCUUUGAUUUGGUGCUGUGUGCGCUGUCUGUGCUGCGGAGUGGAAUGUUGUUGUGGGUGUUUGGCGUGCUGUAAUGCUUGUUGUCCUUCACCGAGAGGAGGGGGGAGGAGGUCGAAAGACGGGGGAGGGUAUCAGCAAGCGCCUCCGACACCUUUUGGCGCGGGAGGAGGAGGUGGGUAUGGAGGACAGUAUGCGGCGCCGAUGCCGAUGAAUACAGGAUAUUUUGGCGCUGCGCCAGGAGGAAGUGGGGUGAAGAGUACGGCGACGUUUGAGAGUUCGUCUGGGAGGCUGCAUGAGGAUUCUUUGCCGGCGAUGCCGAGUUGGGAUACGGCUACUAGUAAGAGGGUGGAGCAUCAUGGGGAUGAUGGGGAUGAUAAGGAGCAGGAAGGAGUUGAGAUGGAUAAGUUACAGCCUGCGUAUCGUCAUCAACAGCAGCAACAAGAGGUGGGGUUGUUGGGGAGGGAUGGGAGAGAGUAUAAUGGACGUCGACAGGAAGCGGCGGAUUUGGGGGCCGGGGCGAUGAUUGCUAGUCCGUAUCAUGAUUAUGGUGGGGGAUAUGAGCAGCGGAGUCCGGGGAUGGGGAGUGCAUAUGGAGGACAACAACAAAGCAGUGGGUAUGGAGCUCAGGCGAGUCCGUAUGGAAGACAGCAACAGCAACAACAGACGAGCGCAUAUGGAGCGGCACAGCAGAGGGAUGCAUAUGCGACGACACAAAGCCCGCAUGGAUAUACCUCACAAGCCGCAGGAUACACCUCUCCCGUCUACCAAUCUGGGGCAAGUCCCGUGGCAACUUCUUCACCUUAUGGUGGUGGUUACUCCGCUGCUCCUGCUCCUGCUCCCGCUGCGGCGUAUGGAAGUUCGGCGGAUUAUUAUCAACAGCAACAGCAACCUCAACAACAACAACAACAACAACAACAACAACAGCCAUAUUACGAUUCAGCAGGAUAUGGAGAUGCAGGUCAGAGAGGGUAUGGAGGAGCGGCUCCUUCAUAUCAUACCCAGGAUGUGGGGAGUACGUCGCCAGCAGGUCAGUAUCAACAACCACAAGCACAGCAAGGAGGAUACCAGGCGUUUGGGAGGAAGCCUGUCCAAGGCAGUUGGAGGGAGAUUUGA